AAGAUAAAAGUUUAUUGUUUGGCAAUCGGUGUGAGCGCUGACAACAACUUAAAGAAGCUGUCGGACGACACCGGGGGUCUCGUCUAUUAUCUGAGUCGUACGGACCCCGAAAGCCGUGAAAUGAUGUCCCGAGUAAUAGAGACCGCGAUGAAAGAGGUUAUCACCAGUAAAGAGAUGGCAGAAGUGGUCACUCAUACUGUUGUCAAUGAAGUUGUAGUCAUAAGCGGUAAUACAUAUGAGACUCGAGUGCCCAUUGAGGCCGACAUCGGACGCAACACUAAAAUACAGAUUCGCUCCGAAGCCAUAAAAAAUAUCGACGUAAACAUCACCGGCCCGUCGGGUGCUGUCUAUAGCACUACAGGUGGCGGACAAAUAGCCAAGCAGUUGGAUUUGAAAGAGUGCAUAUUAUACCUGGAAUUGAUUGAAUCGGGUCUAUGGACAAUAAAACUAACCCCACAAGUGCCUACGGCUGUUAGAGCGCAUUUGAUUGUCGAGAGCAAUCCUACCAGAGCUCAAGCCAUUGAAUUGCAAGUAUUUCUCAGAGAACAAGAGGGCAUUUACCCACCAAUAAUGGUCUGUCGGCUGUGUAAAGGCAAUGACCCGAUUGUGAGCGCUAUAGUGACCGCAACAGUGGACAGACCCGACGGUACGCAGACUGAUUUCCCGUUAAACAUGUUUCAUGACAGGGGAUAUUAUUACGCCUACUUUACCGACUAUAGCGGCGCCGGCUGGUAUAACGUUAGCGUCCUGGCUAUUAAUAAUGGUAGCAAUACUACAUACCGAGGGAUAUCUAUUGAUGCGUUUAGGCGUCAACUUGUAGCUAGUAGUUUUCAAGUAAAGGCCGACUCUAUGCCGGCCCAACCAGUCCCCGACGACCAUUUUAAUCAUUUAUUGCUUAACAAUCAGUUUGGUUAUAAUAGGAGUGCACCGGCGAGUUUGGCGGCAGCACCCGAUCCAUCCCGGUCUCAAGCGCAAGCAAAACCGCUUUUAAAAACGCUUAUGCUUUCCAACGAAAUGAAAGCCCUUAAAAACAAACUGUCGGCUAAUUAUAUACGGACUAAGCGGGCGGUCCACGGCUUACAGGUGCCCGAAAAGGCAGAUCUGGUCAAUAAGUUGAGCCCUUUUAAGUUGUUCAUUUUAUCUGUACGGCCGACGUCUGCCGAAGAGAUAGGUGGCUAUCAACACACGCUGGAUGAGAUAAAUGAGCAAGUUAGGCUUAUAAAACAAGCU